GGAGGAGGCGGCGCCUUCGGCACUGGGUCCUCCGAGGGCAGCUUCUCCCCCUGAGGCGCGGGGUCCUUGCUGGCGUUCUUGCGGUUCCGGAGCCGAAGUGCCUGAGCGCAGCGGUGCGGCUGGACCGGGCCGGGAAGGCCUUCUCAUCUCUCCUCCCCGCAGGGCCUCUCGCAGCGUUGGGCAGGCAGGAACCAAUUCUGACGUUCUUCAUCUGUCGGUGAUUGCUCUGGAUUUUUUGCCUCUUCAUAAUGAAGGAUUGGACCCCCCAUGACAAAUAAAUAACAUUUUCCACUCUCAGCUGGGAGUUUCAAAAGAUGCAUCGAAGACGAAGUUCUAAGACCCCGAAGCAGCCUCUGCCAGUUCAUAAAAGUCAAACUGAUCUCUCUGCUUGGAGAAAAGGAGGGGCAACUAAUGCUGAAAAAAGUCAUCAAUCUCCUGAUAGUCCAAAAAAUGACAGUGAGCAAGACUCCCUUGAGCAAGCUUUGAGCUACUUUGAGAAAGUUCCAGACCGUGUUUCACUGAGAAGCAAUCCUGAUCUACAGAAGCACUUGGCUGCUGUGGAAAGCAUUGCUCAGCAAAGAGGGUUACCCCCUGAAGGAUUUAAUGUAUUGCUAAACGUGGCACUCAGUGGCAAACUUGCUGAUACAGUGAACACUCGUUUACUGAAGAGCCUGGUUCCAGCCUCAGUAAUACCAGAAGAUUCUGUAGUUUCAUCUAUAUCUUGGCUCUGUGUCAGCAAAUGCUCAAGCAACGUCCAGCUGCUUUUUAUAAGAUGGCUGAUCACAAUGUUUGACUUCAUUGAUCGCAAGGAACAACUUCGUGCCCUGUACUGUGUCUUCUUUUACUUACUGCAAGAUGAGAAGAUGUGUUCCUAUGUCUGCCACCUGCUCUACCUGCUGACCACAAAAGAAAAUGUCAAGCCUUUUCGGGUUAAGAGACUGCUUGACCUCCAAGCAAAAAUGGGAAUGCAGUGUCAUCUACAGGCUCUACUGUCACUUUACAAACUCUUCUGUCCUGAACUGGUGACCAUAACUCUUCCUGGGAAAAUCAAGAAUUUCUUCAAGAAUUCAGAGGGCCCAUGGAAAGCAGCAAUCAACACUGUGAGGCAAAGAAACUUUCCAGUACACCAGCCACUGGUUUUAGGCACAGCUCAACCUCAGUCACGAAAAAGGAAAUGGAAUGCUCACCUGCUUGUACCUGCAAGUAGUACAAACAAAGUGAAUUUAGAAGAGAGCAAGGUAAAUAAUGCUGACUUGUACACUCCAAGUCAGUCUUUUCCAGUGGAGCAGCUGCGGACUUUUUCUCAGCUUCUACAAAAUAUCCACUGUCUGGAGUUUCCUUCCCAGAUGGCUUCAGUGCUAACAAAUCCUUUAUUGCUUCACUACAUGAGUAUCAUCAAAGAUGAAUCUGUUCAUCUGAGGCUUCACUUUUGGUUGAGCCAGGCUCUUCAGGAAGAAUGCCCCUGGUGUGUGGCUGAUAACCACCAAAAUGAAGACGAGUUCAAGAUCUUCCUAGAAACUGUCUACAAGACAGAAUGUUUCUUGCAGGAGGGAUUUACUUCCUGUGAGGAGUUCGUGUACAGGAGCCUUCCUCUCUGGGAUGGUGCCUGCUGCCAAUCACAAGUCCUCAGACUUCUUAGUUGGAUCCCCAUCAGCAGCUUCCCUGAAGUGAAGUCACAGCUCUAUGAUCCCCUGGCACAGCUCUUUUACACAUCAUCACUUUAUUUUAAGUGCAGUGUUUUUGAGAGCCUGAAAGAGCUGCUGCAGAACUGGUUAAACUGCCGCUUGUUCCAGCCAGAGUCAGAGCCUGCAUCUCCAGUCCAUUCUUUGAAUACCACUCUCUCUGGACUGGUGAACGUGGUGGCUGAGCUGGUCCACUUUGUUGGAAGGAUUUCUACAGUUGCACUGUGUUUGGAGAACAACUCUUCCUUCUUGCUGUACUUCAUCCUGAAUUUCUAUGAGACCGUGUGUGACAUGUACCUGAGGUACAAUCUGCCUUUGUUGAUAUUGCCUCCUGCUGGAGUUUUCUACCCCGCGCUUCUCAGCAUGAGUCCUGUCAGCUUGAAUAAGCUCUGCUACAUUAUGUACAGAUAUCGAACCAACUUGGUGGCUGCAAAAGAAAAUGAGCUGAGUAAAAAGGAAAUCCUGCAGUUCAAGAUCAGUAGCCAGACAUACAAAGAGUACAACCAGUAUGUAAUAGCCAUGGUAGGUUGUCUGUGGACAUCCAACGUGUUCCAGAAGGAUACUCAUCCUCAGGGUCUUCAUAUGGAUGAUGAACUGCUGAAGGAAACUGCAGUGCAGGAGUUCAAAACCAGCUUUAACAUUGUCUACCACCCAGCCAUGAUUGGCUAUGCUGUCCAAUUCCUGCAGCAGGCUUUCCCAGAUGAUGCUACCUUCAACUUCAGUUUAAUUAAGGGAAAGAAGUGGAACUGGUAUCUGGAAUACCUUUAUGCACAAGGCUUAAAGGGCCUAAAGGUCUUCAUCGAAAGCAGCAUCAAUCGUGUGUCCCAGGCCACCCGUGAUAAAGCUGAGGAACAGGAAGAUGGAGUUUAAUGGAGUGUGUCACUAAUUCUUCCUUACUCAGAGGACAGAAGCAGAGCAAUUACCCUCAUCUGCAUUCUUGUACUGAUACCCAUUUUGGGGAUGUGAAGACCUGAACCGCUUGGGCUGGCUUGGUUCACUAACACUGAACC